CCUCCCCCGCGGGCGGCGCCAUUUUCCACCCGCCCCCCCUCGCCCCCAUCGCUGCCUGAGCGUCUCCAAGGGGGGAGGCCGCGGCCCGGUGUCCCCCCUCGUUUCUCGCCUCGGUUCAGGCGGCGCGUAGAGUGGAAGGGCCGAGGUUCAGUUCCUGCCUUUCGCUUUCCUGUUUCGGACAGCCGCACACGUGGGGGGGGACCGGGCACCACCAAGCUCCUACCUUCCUUCCUUCCUCCCCGCACACCUCCAUCCAACAUCCAUCCAUCCAUCCAUCCAUCCCCGGGAUGAGCAGCACCGUGGCCAGCCCGAUGUCAGCGGCUGCUUCUUCAAGCAGUGGAAGAGGGAUGGGAAAAUCCACAAGUUUUACACCUGAGCUGCAAAGUAUGAUGUUUUCCUUGGGAGAUGCUCGCAGGCCGCUCCAUGAGUCUGCCAUCUUGGUGGAAGACAUCGUCCACACUCAGCUGAUAAAUUUGUUGCAGCAAGCAGCUGAAGUUUCUCAGCUGAGAGGAGCUCGAGUUAUCUCUGCUGAGGACCUCCUGUUCCUAAUGCGCAAAGACAAGAAGAAGCUUAGGAGGCUGCUUAAGUACAUGUUUUUUCGAGACUACAAAUCUAAAAUUGUGAAGGGCAUAGAAGAAGAUGACCUCAUCGAAGACAAGUUCAGCAGCAACAACACCAACAAACGGCAGAAGCUUGCUCAAGAUUUUCUCAACUCCAUUGACCAGACAGGAGAGCUCCUGGCCAUGUUUGAAGAUGAUGAAAUUGAUGAUGUCAAGCAAGAGCGAAUGGAGAGAGCAGAAAGACAAACACGGAUGAUGGAUUCAGUCCAGUACGCUGAAUUUUGUGAAAGUCGGCAGUUGAGUUUUUCAAAGAAAGCAUCCAAGUUUCGUGACUGGUUGGACUGUAGCAGUAUGGAGAUAAAGCCAAAUGCGGUUGCAAUGGAGAUAUUGGCCUAUUUAGCAUAUGAGACUGUGGCACAGUUGGUGGACUUGGCCCUUUUGGUUAAACAAGACAUGACUCCUAAGGCCGGUGACCCAUUCAGUCAUGCCAUAUCUGCCACCUUCAUACAGUAUCACAACUCUACUGAGCCACAUCUCUUAGGGCAGGCUGCAGGUGUGAAGACUGGCCUUGAGUCUCCUGAAAACACACCACCCCCUACACCCACCCCACCAGCUCCUGCGGGGCAGCAGCAUCUUGGGAAAACACCGUCAGGAGCGCUGGGGAAUGGAGGGAUUGGGCAGGACUCUUCCAAAUCCAAACAGAGGAAAAGAAAAAAGAGCGCUGCAGCCUGUGGUAUGGAGGCUCAAAGCGAUGCCAUCCAGCCCAGCCACAUCAGAGAGGCCAUUCGGCGCUACGGCCACAAGAUUGGCCCCCUAUCCCCAUUCACAGGAUAUAACGAGCCGUGUAAUAUUGCCUGUGUUGGAAAAUGUUGAGCUGCGUUAUUUCCCAGAGUGCCUACCGCAGAAACGGGAUGACUUUUCUCGCCUGCUGAUAUGGAUGUGGCUUCAGCAACAGAAAAGACAGUGUUAUAUUAAGGUGAUUUUCUCUUCCCCUCCACGGAAGGAACAAAAAAAACACAAGCUCCAAUGUCUCCGCGUGGCAGUGAGUGGGCCGGCUUGUUGUGACUAUCUGCUGGCUGACUCCAUCUCUCCUUCCAGCCCCCUCAAUCGUUAUUCUUGUUUACUAGCUGGAACGUUUAGCUAAUUAAUGGCAGGAUGUUUGGGAUAGCGUGUAGGUGGAUAAGAAUGCAGAUCGCACCAGUUUGAUGUUUGCAGGGGACUUGCUGCUGUCAGCCCCUUUGUAAAACGCCAUGUCAUCUUUACUCAGUUGUUUGGAAGCCUGUAUGUUUUGCUUGCAGCAUUGUUUGGGAGGCAGGAUGGGGCAGAAAAAAGCCGAAGAUAUUCUGGGUUUUCCAUGAUAUUUACAAAAAGACAAAAACCUGCACUGCACUUCACUGCUUGCCACUGCUUUUUCUCCAGUCAUUCCUUCCAGUGCAAUGCAGGAAGGGGCUUUUAGAUAAGAGCAACAGCAGAGAAGAGCUCGGGCAACAUACACUUUAUCAAAGGUUUGUCACAGACCCAGCGCCAAAGCAGCCAGCUCCAAAUUCCCAGUGCUGCCUCAAUCCCUGCUGCAUUCCCAUAGGGGCCCAACCCGCCAGUGAAAAGCUUUGCAGCCAUUUGGCACAAAUCUGCCCCACUCCCUCAGCAUUUCCCAAAGUAUCCAAACAGCCAUGGCCACCUCAGUGCUUCUAGAUGCGGGCUAUGUGUAGCGUGCUGCCUGAGGAGAGGUUUUCACUGUCACCAACAAAGGCAGUGUUGCUGUCGGAUUUGAUCGAAGAAGGAAUACACCCUUCAUUGCCUUUCUGUAUUUCAGCUCACUUUGUUUGUUUUCAGAUUUGCUUUCUAAAUCUCAGUCCCUCACUCUACAAUUCUUCCCGUCCCCCCUUUCCCCCGGCCCCGGCUGGCCUCACCGACAGAUUCAUUUCUUCACAUCAAAUCCAUACAAAUAUAGAGCUAACCACAAGGAGCUGAACCAGAGAGAAGGGCUUAUGCCUCAGCCCAUCCCUGGGAUCUGCUGCCUGUGUCCCUGGGGCAGCCCAGGGGUCUGCGUCAGCCGCCCGGAGCGCAGGCUUCAAAUCUGACUUAAACCUCAAAUUAAGACGGAGCACUCAAGGGAUCAAGGAGAGAUCAGCAAAAUAUUACUUUUAUAUGGUGCAGCCGUCCUCCUCCUUUGUGCUGAGUAUGUGAGGUCUUAACUUUUACUCCCACCGUGUGGUAUUGUGGUCAUUUGUAAGUGGUUUUCUUGCCCGGCUUUCCUGGACCUGCUUGCGAAAGCUUUAGAACUAUCUGUAUUUUAAACAAACAGAGAAAUGCCUCCUCUCUUUGCAACCAAAAUGCUGCCAACGUGAACUUUGUACAUCAAAUCUUACUGCCGUUUGUCAAUUGCUUUUUUUUUCCCCUUGUACCUGCUUACCCUUCUGUAUUCUGGAAUUAAUCUGUGUGCAAAGGAGUACAAGCGUACACCACCACCGGGUAUUAAACGAGGGGGGAAGCUUUCUGAUGUUCCAUCUGUGCUUGUUGAAAUAUAUGAUUAAACUUUUCUUUUUAUCAUCA